ACAAUGUUCACAAUAAAAUCAAGCUAAACCGCUGAAAGAAGCUACGGAGCAGUUGAGGCGUCGCAGACACCAAACAGCCCUCGAAAUACUCGCACAAACCAGCGAACGAGCUUCGUGCGAAAAAUACUGAAUUGGUCGUACAACCAACAACAGAGUACCUACACAGCGCUGCGAUCGUGUCGCGUCGCCGCACCGGCGGUGAGAGGCGGCAAACACAAAGCAACGCUGGAGUGUUCGGAAGAGUUCGUAGCGCACCAUGGUUCAGUGUUUCCCGUCAACGGAUCCUGUGAAAAGUUCAUUGAGUGUUCCGAUGGGCAACUGAUAGAAAAAUCCUGUCCUAAUGGAAUGCACUUCGAUGGGGUAUCAAGUGAAUGCGUGCCGGAAGUUGAAGCGAGGUGUUCCACUCGAAGACGGCUAGUUGAUGUAGUUGAUGUUGGAAUGUGCAGCAAUUCGGAAGAAAUCACUUUCCAUGCCGAUCCCCAUAACUGUGCAAAGUAUGUGAUUUGUCUUGGGGAGCUUGCCAUUCAAACACAGUGCGUUUCUGGACUGUUGUUUAACGCCGGUACGGGACAGUGUGACUUUCCGGAGAAUGUGGUCUGUGAUGUGAGUUGCCCAGAGAGUAGUACCGAACUGGUUUUUCUUCCAGAUUCAACGGGACGGAACUGUGCAAAAUAUUACAUCUGUUUGAAUGGAGUCCCUCAUCCAGCGGAGUGCUCUAGCUUGCUGUACUUCGACCUGCUGACGGGAAAUUGUGUACGGCCUGAAGAAUCUUCUUGUCGAAUAAGGGAUGUUGAAUGUUCAACGCUAGAUGAGCUGAUUGCGGAUCCGCAGAGUUGUUUCGGUUAUUAUCAGUGCGAAGGAGGGAUACCACACUUCAGGGAAUGCGAAGAAGGCCAAGGCUUUACAGAUGGGCGGUGUGUUGCAGGGUAUUGCGAAGAUUUCGUAACUGACGAUACCGAAAGCAGUUCUACAGUACAAACAACUGACUCGUCCACCGUAAACACCGACGAGUCAUUAUCUACUACAGACGUGAACAUAUCUACGACGAUUGAAACAACAUCAUCUGACGAAUCCUCAUCGAGUACUUCUACCGAAUUAACAACAUCCAUACAGACGGAUAGUUCAUCGGCUUCCUCAUCCGAGCCAACGCAAACCGAUGAUCCUUUGACCAGCACAAUCACGUCAACAACUCAAACAGAUGAACUCCCGACCAGUGUUGUUGACGCUUCGACCACUGUGUCGUUCACAAUAACAAAUGAAUAUUCUAGCUCUACACAGACAGAAACAGAGCCCGAUACAUCUGACAUUACGUCUGAAUUUCCUUCUACUCCAAUCUUCACAACGGAAAAUCCUACAUCAGAAGCUUCGACUGAAACAUCGACGAUAAUAACCGAAUCAACGGCUACCACUAUCUCGUCCACAAGCACGGACGAGCCUCCUACUUUGCUACCCACGGAUCCAUCCGUCGCUUGUCAUAGUAUUCCCGGUAUUGGCAUGCUCCCUUAUCCAUAUAACUGUCAGCAGUACUUUGUGUGCCUCUUCGGUAGCGGAAGUCUGGGAACUUGCGAUAGUGGACUACUUUUCGAUAUUGUCUCGAUGGUAUGCGUGUCCGCAGAUAGUGCGACAUGUUCGGAUGUAACAACUUCUACAGAGGAUUCGAAUACUUCAACACCCGAUUUGACUAUUCCAACUGAAACAGAAGAUCCUCUGAGCAGCACAGUCGUAACACCAACGGAUUUUCCUCCAACGAUUACGGACAUUACUACUGGAACUGAAGAAACGCCCACGACGACAUCUGCUGGUUCAACUGAAUUAACGACAACCAUUGAAACGGAUAUCCCCACGACUGGAACGCAGGAAUCAAGUACUUCAUCUCAAACGGAUGAUCCCCAGACCACUACAGUUAUGACAACAGAUGUGAGUUAUUCAACAGAUGUUUACACGACAGAAUCGUCUACUAGAACCGAAUCAACGACAUCUACGGAAACGAAUAGUCCCUCUACUGUUACUGGUGAAGCACCCAGUUCGACUCAAACUGAGGAACCAGAGACAAGUACAGUCAUGACACCUCCAACAAGCACGGCUAUUACCACAUCUACCGAGGAGUCAUCUACUUCAACCGAAUCAACAUCUACGCAGACGAGUAGUCUCUCUACUGUUACCGAUGAAUCAACCAAUUCGAUGCAAACUGAUGAGCCUGAGACAAGUACAUCCAUGACAACAGAUGUGAGUUACUCAUCUGAUGUACCCUCUACGAGCACGGCUGUUACAGCAACUGAAUCAACAACAUCUUCGCAAACGAAUAGUCCAUCAACUGUUACUGGUGAACAAACCAGUUCAACCGAAACAAAUGAGCCUGAGACUAGUACAGCCAUCAUUUCUACCGAAGAAACAUCCACUACGACGUUAACUACGGAUAGUGUCUCAACCAUCACAACUGAGGCAACUUCAAGCGAACCUGUUGAGACUUCGACUACGGAAUCAUCCACAGUAACAUCAGAUAUGACCACUGAAAGCACUGGUUCAUCACAGACCACUAGUACUGUAACAGACUCUUCCCUAUCAACUAUCGAAGACACAUCGACCAUUACUCCAGAAACUACCGAAACCGAAUUCCCGACGACACCCGCUGUUAUUUCCACAACCACCGAAGCUUCCAUAACUACACCGUCAAUGGAUCCAUCCAUCGUGUGUCAAAGCGUGUCCGGUAUUGGCAUGCUUCCUCAUCCAUACAACUGCAAUCAGUACUUCGUGUGUCUUUUCGGCAGCGGCACUCUAGCGACGUGUGAUAGCGGACUACUUUUCGAUGCCAACUCGAUGCUGUGCGUAUCCGCCGACAGAGUCAUCUGUACGAUUGUUACCACUACUAUCGAGGGAUCGAUAACUUCGACGUCAACCACCAUCCGUCCCUCAACUGUUACCUCCGAGUCAACCAGUACGAGUGUUACCUUUUCUUCGGAAGGUAUUUCCACCGCACUUCCAACAACUGCAACCGCCCCUGUAGACACUUCGACCACGGAAACACCAGAGACCACCGCAGAGAUUACCGACACCUCCUCAACAGUGACGACCAGCACUACCGUCGAAGAGACGUCGGCCGAGACUUCCGAAAUUGCAACUGAUUCUACCACCUCCACGUCAACUGUCACCGCGGAAGCGUCCACGCAGGAACCAGUCACUUUGCUACCUACGGACCCGUCCAUCGUUUGCCAGGACGUGCCCGGUAUUGGCCUCCUCCCCCAUCCAUACAACUGCGAUCAGUACUUCACGUGCCUUUACGGCAGCGGCUAUCUAGCGACGUGCGACACCGGACUACUGUUCGACACCAGCUCGAAGACGUGCCUGGCUGCCGAUAAAGUUAGCUGUUCGAUUACAACUGAACAACCGAUGACGGGCACUGUGGUCCCCAUAAGCACGGACGAGCCAUCCACGGAUCCGUCGAUCGUCUGCCAAGGCGUCGACAUAGGUCUACUGCCUCAUCCGUUCAAUUGCGAUCAGUACUUCGUAUGCAUUUUCGGCAGCGGUAAUCUAGCGACGUGCAAUAGUGGGCUGCUCUUCGAUGCUGGCUCGAUGGCGUGCGUGACUGGUAACAGAGCGACAUGCAUCAAUACGCGUAACAAAUAAUUAGCAAGGCUUUGAAGAUUUGUAACAGGAAUAUAAAUAGUGGAAAUGACGACUUGGGCAGGUUUUGUUCUACGGAUAACGUGUUUCGUUCAUAAUAAGCAAACUUUUACAAUAGUGGUCUUGAUGUAAGAUAAAGUUGAAGGAGGAUAAUGGCAUUAUAGUUCAUAAAAAUACAACUUGUCGUAGUAAAACCUGCCAAAGACGCUUUUCACACAACAGGAUCUCGUUUUUUAAUAGAUUUAGCAGAUUUGUAUUUAUAUGAAUUAUUCGAAUUCCACAUGAAGAAUAUAAAUUGAGAAAAUUACACAAUAUACAAUAUUAUACAAUUACCCUGACUUGCAUCAUUUACCAUUGUAAAGAUUUAUUAAUAUUCGAUUUUUUAACCUUUAGUGAUUCAAAUUGUUCGUGACU